GAGAAAGAGAGAGUUUUUCACAAGUAAGCUGCUAGCAGUCUGCCGGGGUAGAGUGUCGGAGGAGCCAGCUUGCAGGUUGUGCCCCCUGGGAUUGUGGAAUCUAAAAGAGCUCGAAGGGGAACGCAGAGCCGGAGGCGUCUGGGACCAGAAGCUGCACCGGUGCAGAAGUGGAAAAGAGUUUCGUUUUCCGUCAGUAACAUCCCCUAGCAACCGUCGCCAUGGCAGCUGAGAAAGCUGAAAUGGAUGCACUGAAAAAGGAGUGCGAUGGCCUCCGUGCACAGAUUGAGGCGGCCCGUAAGGCUGUGAACGACAGCAGCAUGUCAGGAGCAGCAGGGGGCGUGGCCUCGGUGGGCAGGGUCCAGCUGAAGCUCAGGAAGACACUCAAGGGUCACCUGGCUAAAAUCUAUGCCAUGCACUGGUCAGCUGACUCCAGGCAAAUGGUCAGUGCAUCACAGGAUGGCAAGCUUCUCAUCUGGGACACCUUCACAGGGAACAAGUUGGUUGCCGUCCCACUAAAGUCAGCUUGGGUGAUGAGCGUCGCUUUCGCCCCCUCUGGUAACCUGGUGGCCAGCGGCGGUCUGGAUAACAUGUGCACAGUGUACAACAUCAAGGCUGCCAGCCCCAAGACCCUCAGGGAGCUGGACGCACACACAGGUUACCUGUCUUGCUGCCGUUUCCUUAGCGACACUGAGAUCCUGACAGCCUCUGGUGACACCACCUGCUGUCUGUGGGACCUGGAGACUGGCAAGCAGAAGGUGAUCUUCACCAACCACAUUGGAGACUGCAUGUCCCUGGCUCUCUCCUCCGACAUGAACACCUUCAUCUCUGGAGCCUGUGACUCUCUGGCUAAGCUGUGGGACCUGAGGGAAGGUGCCUGCAAGCAGACCUUCUCUGGACACACCAGCGACAUCAACGCCAUCUCUUUCUUCCCCAGCGGUAAUGCCAUCAUCACGGGCUCCGACGACUGCAGCUGCAAGAUGUACGACCUGCGCUCCGACCAGGAGGUGAUUGGCUACCAGGACACCAGCCUGAACGCCGGCGUCACGUCUCUGGCUCUGUCCAACUCAGGCCGCCUUAUCUUUGCUGGCUACGACGACUUCAACUGCCACAUCUGGGACUCACUGAAGGGAGAGAAAGUCGGUGUGCUGUCCGGCCAUGACAACAGGGUGAGCUGCACCGGCGUCCCAGAAGACGGUAUGGGCGUCUGCACAGGAUCCUGGGACAGCUUCCUCAAACUGUGGAACUGAGGCGUCCUGGCGGAGGAAACCACCCGGAGAGGGAGAGGAGGAGGAGGAGGAGGAGAGGAGGAAAGUGGGAGGAAAUGGGUGACGACGGGGAGGAGAGCAGCGAGGGUGGAGGGUAUUUGAUGCAGACGUUUGAGCGCAGACCUUCCUCUUUCUCUCUCCCUCUCUACCUCUUCCUCAUUCAUGUAUGCAAAAUAUGAGAGGUUGCGAAUGAGUCAAGUUGUACAAAUGGCAUCAGGUAAACAGUCCAUGAUGCAUCCCGCUGUAUGAACAAGAGUUUUAUUGUUGUCGAGACGAUUAAAACGCCGGAAAAA